CUAUUCUUUAUUAUUCACUCAGUCAUUUUCAGCCUCAGUUGUUGGUGUACAUAUGCGUUGUAUUAUAUUCAGUAAUGAAUUUAAAAAGGUAUACUCGCAGUUUUAUAUAGUGUAACCUUUUUGAGGCCAACAACUGGAAUUUGGUGGCACAUUUUCUUCCAACUACAGAAAAUAAAGAUGUUAUGGAGCCCCACUAUGGUUCAGUGGCAGCUCUGCACUGUGGAGCACCUGAUGAAUUCAGGGUUCGGCCGUCCUUUUCCACGACAUGGCCUUCAGCUCCUGUUUUGGUUUUCCAACCACUGUGUGACCUGUGAACUCAUUAACUUUGUGGUCAUCAUGAAGCUGGUGUCUGAUUGUCAACCAGAGAAAGGUUUCUAUGGUUUCCACCUGUUUGGGAAUAUUGAAGAACUUCUGCCUGUAUUGGAGAGGCAGUCCAAGAGAAAGAGACAGGUUGCGUACUUUGAAAUUGGCAACCUGAACACAAAAACAUACCCAGGUGCUGCAAACCUCCCGACAUAUGUGAGGGAAAAUUACGGGCUGGAUGGUAACCGUGGUAAUAACAAUAUAGACCGCAUCAUCAUCAGCUACCAGGUGAGAACCAGGGUGGUGGAGACAGUGUACGUCACAGAGCAUGACGGAGAAGCCUCCUGGAGGUUCAGUCCUGACAGGACUUUUGAAAUCAGCUGUGAGCUGAUUCGAGCCCUGCAGAGCCCACAGCUAGAUCUCACCACCUUUCUCAUCCAGGUGGGCUACUAUAGUGGUCACCAGGUGAUUCAGGAUAACUAUAUUGGAGGUAGUCACAACCCAGAGCCCUCGGCCCAGCAAAUGUUCAACACUGUGCAGACCUACAGUGGAUCUACGGAAAGGACGGCGCAAAGUGGUGACCUACGAUUCUUCUCACCAGCCUUUAACCAGCAGCUAGGUGUCAACGUAGAGCCCUUCAGCUAUGACCAGCAACGGCACUACAUCGUCAACGUACACAACUACAGCGGCUUGGAACACACUUACUGGAUGCCUGAAACCAUCAAGGGAUCAGGGACUACUUCUUGGAAAAGUUAUUUGUCAUCUGGGUGGGAGCAGUUUUAUGAAGGUUUUAAUAAAGGAGUUAAGAAAAGGAGUGGAGGCAUCAGCUUCAUCAAGAUUCUCCUCGGUGCUGGAGCGCUGUACCUGGUGGCCAAAUGUUUCAGCUGGCUGAGGAGCUGCGGGGAGGGGGACAUAAAUGAAAAAGUUGUCAAGAGGAUUCCCUGGAGGGCUCCAAGAUAUCUGCACACACAUAUCAUGCUGGAUUAUGUGUACUAGGAUUUUAGGGUGUAAUGAUAGUCCUAAUAUUCUCUACAGUGAUAUACUACUUUAAUACAUGCUGUGAGUAAUUUGUAAUGAACCUGAAAUGAUUUAGAGUGAUGACAGUCUUUCUUGGGUGUUGACUGUCAAAAUAUAAUAUUCCAUACUGGACUUUUUAAUUCUAUUUUCCACACUGGAAAAAAAUGCACUGUAAUUUUGAUGUAAUGAUCUUGUGAAGAUCUUAAUUUUAGAAACAUGAAACCGGUCAGUCAAGACUGUUUUAACUAAAGAUUGUGAUAAUGAAUUGAAUUAUAAUUCUUUGUAGCCGUAAAGACGUCAUAUUGUAAAUACUGAUAUUUCAAAUUCAUUACAUUAUUAUUCAUUGAUAAUGACUGUUGAAAUUGUGCAGUAUUUAAAGGGCCAGUAAGUAGGAUUUAGUGGCAUCUAGUGGUGAAGUUGCAGAUUGCAACCAUUUGAAUACAGCUCAGCCUGCCGUGUGUGUAGGAGAAACUAUGGAGGCGGCGAACAAAAGGCCCCAUUUAGAACCAGUGUUUGGUUAGUCUGUUCUGGGCAACUCUAGAAACACGGCGGUUCAAUAUAGCCUUCUGUAGGUAAAAACGUAUUAUUCUAAGAUAAUGAAAACACAAUAAUUUUUAGGUGAUUACAUGCUAAUAAAAAUAUACCUAUGAAUAUUAUAUUCCAUUUCUGCCAAUAGAUCCUCCUAAAUGUUACACACUGUACCUUUAAGUGUAGGCUAUGCAGUGUAUAUGCAGUACCUGUUAACGUGGCACAAAUAAGUGAGCAGAUUUAUUUAUGUCAGCUAUCUGAACUCGUCUUACAACCAAUGUUGCAUGACCUACUGUUUAUUCUGAUGUGCCUUUAUUUGUUCUUCUUCUGUGCUCCAGUAAAGUACACAUUGUUGGAAAACAAAAUAUGCCUUCAUAUUACACCAUCUAACUGCCCCAUCCCUCACAGGUUCUGGGCAGUCAACCAUAGGUUGCCAGAGAAGAGAAAUCAUGAGUGUCUGCCUGCAGCUGCUCUUGAUCUGAUCAGUAAUAUUGUUACUGCCACCACAUUAGACUGUUGUUGGGGAGCUAUCUGCUGUACAGCUCCAAGCUCUAAGUAGUAGAGGAUGCUGUUUUAGAGCCUAAGUGUUUAUAGAGUGUCUGGCAGCAGCAGAUGGCAGCAUUGAGUGAGAAAUCACUUCCAACAUGUCUGUCCUCCUGUGAUAGUAGUAGACAAAGUGCACAACAUUCCCCAGUGUAUUUGAAACAAUGAGAUAAAUGAGAUAAAAGUAAAUAAAGAGUUUGAAAAGAG